ACUUCCUACCUGUCUGCUAAGCCCGGCCUCCAGCUGGUCGAAACCCUCGAACGGCCGCUGCUGGGCUCAUCCUCGCCGGCGUUUUAUCUUGCUACCACCCACCGUCGAAGAGGCGUUCGCCAUGGAGUCCUCCGCGUUCUCCCAGCCCUACUACACCCACUCCCGUCCCUACCACCAGAACCACUCUGCUCCGCUUGUCUACUCUAAUCCCGAACAGCGAUGGAUCAAAACACUCUUCGUCUCCGGGCUACCCGACGACGUCAAGCCCCGAGAAAUACACAACCUCUUUCGUCGGCGGCCCGGGUUUGAUUUUUGCCAGUUGGAGUACACCGGCCGUGGAGAUCAGGUUGUUGCGUUUGCUACGUUCUUUAGUCAUCAAACAGCAAUAGCAGCAUUGAGUACCUUAGAGGGAUCUAUUUUUGAUCCUGAAACUGGAGCUACUCUCCAUAUUGAGCUGGCAAGAUCAAAUUCUCGAAAGCGGUCACGAGGAACUGGUGCCUACACAGUAAUUGACAGACGGUUGAAGGUUACAAACGAUGAUCAAGAUGCAUCCAGUGAUGAUGGAGAUGGUGGAUCUGAUGAAUCACUAGGCAACAAUAAUGAUAAUUCCAGUGGCAAGGAUGCUUCAGCUGAAGUAAAGAGUGGGGGAACAACUACCAAGUCCAACAAUGCUGUUGCUAAAUCCAAUGUGCAUCGAAAGGUACCACCUUGUUCUACAUUGUUCAUUGCAAAUCUGGGUCCUACUUGUACGGAACAAGAACUAAAUGGACUAUUAUCUAAAUACUCUGGCUUUCAUAUGCUUAAAAUGAGAGGGAAAGGCGGCAUGCCUGUUGCUUUUGCUGAUUUUCUGGACAUUGAAUCAGCGAAUGCCGCCCUAAGUGGUCUUCAGGACACUCUGCUGGAAUCAUCUGAUCGAGGCGGUAUGCAUGUGGAAUAUGCAAGGUCAAGAAUGAGAAAAGAGUAGAAAAUGGAUCAAGAACGCCGAAUGAAAAGACGAAAACUUGGUUGGUACCCCGAAUGAUGCGCUUGCUGCAUCCACGCACAGUUUCGUCAUUUGGCUAUUCCAAUGUGUUAGGUGUUAAUAGGAUAAUGAUAGAACUCUCUAUAGCCUUUUGUGUAACUAUUUUAUUAAGGCAUCAAGAAAGCUAUCAGAUCAUUUAAUCGAUAUGAAAUUCUGCUGCGUGAAUUUUGUGUAGAAGCAAUUCAGUUCUGGAUUUGAAAUAACAAAUGUUUUGAUUUA